CUUUCCACCAAUCAAAUCAUUGUUUCCCCCCUGAUACUGGACACAUGAGCAGCGCCAUCUCUCUCCUCCUCAGCUCACAUUCACCUGGAUUUCUGAAGGAGUCAUCUUGUCCUGUCACUACUUGGAUUCACACUCAGAGGCUUGAUCUCCUGGAGAUGGCAAGCUUUCCUCAUAGAUGCCAUGGCAACUUUGCACAAAGGCGAGCCACCCUGUUGCCACGGGAAGCCAAGUGCAGAGUACGCCUGAAGCUGGAGGCCAUGUCAUCUGAGACUGAUCCAGAUCUUGCAACCACCACAGAGGAGCAAACCCCUCAGGAAGAAAAGCCCUGCAGUGCUGAAUUUUGUAAGAUGGAAAAGGAGUCUUGCGACAGAAAUGCCAAAGCAGCGUCUCCAUCAUCUGAAAAAAGGGAAAAGAGUCCAGACAAAAAUGCAAAAGCUUUACUGAAGAGAAUAAGGAUUCAUCCAGAGGCUCAGAGGAUUCUGGGUAAUUCCUGCAUAGCCGUAGUGAGCCUGGAGCGUCUCAACUUCCAGUCUGUGUCCUUAUCAUGUUUGCAGCCUGUGGUGUCUCUGGUACGGUUGCCAUGCCAAUCACAAGCUGAGCUCCACGAUGAUGUGUCUUUAAAUUGUCCGCAACAGAAUGGGUUCACGGAAAAAGAGGCUGAUAUUUUAGAAAUAAGAGAAGGGUCACCCCAGCUGGCUGAUCUGAGUCAAACAAAAAUAACACCAUUAUCCUGGACUGAACCCUACUGUCCUUACAGCUCCAUGUCUGGAGAACCAGAACAGGACUCAAGCUUUGACUGUGAAUCUAAUCCAGAUCAGCCUUAUAUCCUGUUUGACUCUGGAACUGAAGACGGGAAAAGUGAUUCAGAAACAUUUUAUUUGGAUCCAGAUCCAGAGCAGACCAUGGUGAUCGAGUUGGACCCUGAAGCAGAAGCAGAAGUAGAAGCAGAAGCAGAUCAGGAUCGAAGCCUCCAGCUGGAGGAUAAAUUUGAAACUAAAUGUGAAGCCGAUAUAAUGGAUGUUAAUCAAGAUCAGAGGCCUGAUUUCUGCAGCUCACAGGAAAAGGAGGAGUCAUCCAUCCAGCAGUCAGAAGCUGGAGCUGGGACUGAGGAGAUGGAGAGUGAAGAUUUCUGUGCUGUUUGUCUGAACGGAGGAGAUCUGCUCUGCUGUGACCGCUGCCCUAAAGUUUACCACUUGGCCUGUCACAUUCCUUCUCUGAUCUGCUUUCCUCUAGGCGACUGGGUUUGUACAUUGUGCAGAACGGACCAGGAGCCAGUGGAGGCCUACGACUGUGAGAACAUGCACUCCUGUGGGGGAAUCAAAGCGCCUUACACUUUAUCCAGCCAGGACCAGAGGAGGUGUGAGAAGUUAACUCUGCUGUUGUACUGUCACAGGCUCAGUGCUCCGUUCCAUGAACCUGUCAGCCCUCUGGCACGAAACUACUACCAGAUCAUCAAGAGGCCCAUCGACCUGUCAGUGAUCCGCAGAAAACUGGACAAGAGCAACACUCUCCACUACUUCACUGCCGAGCAGUUUAUAGAUGACGUCCUGCUGAUGUUCAAGAACUGCUCUACUUUCAAUUACCCAGACUCAGAGGUGGCCCAAGCUGGUCAAAAUUUGGAGGUGUUUUUCUUGAGAAAACUGAAGGACAUUUUUCCUGACCGGACGUUCCCAUCAGCCAGCCAGGACAGAACGGUCGGAGCUCGCCUCCAGUGGCUCAACAGGAAGAGGAAGGAAAACUACAGGAAAAAGAGAUACGUGUUUAGUGGGAAAAAAUAUUACCUGUAAUUUACAUUUCAUUAGUUUUGUUAGACGGUCUUCCAUUCCUGGAAAAUAUGAUAAAAAUGCAGUUUUGUAAAACUGCAGCAUUCACUUGCUUUUUUAUAAUGAAAAAACAUAUUAGUAGGAGCUAAUGUUAUGUCACCUUUCUGUUAUUUUCACAAUUUCAAACAUAAGCAUUUUUCAAGGAGACAUCUGUUAUUUACAGCUUUGGAAUAAAAUCAGUGACAUUAUUUAUGGUUGUCUGAGGAACAUAAAGUCAUACACAUCAAACAUUCUCCUCUUUGUUUAGCAGAAUAGAAAGAUUUUCACAUUUAGGAAAGUAAAUUCACUUUGUAUAUGUACUGUAUGUUUUCAGCUUUGUUUCAGUUUGAACUUUAUUAUUGUUGAUUGGUUGAUUGUUGAUCACUAUUAUUAAAUCAGAGCCUCAGGAGUCCCUGUGUAGGUGGGAAGAGAUCUAUAAGUAUCAGUAUACUACAUGGUAACAUAGCUUUCCUCCUUUUCAUAAAAUGUACUUGGUAGAGACACUGUAUAUUUUUGCCAGCAGCAACUUAAUGUGCUGUAUGUGCCUACAAUGUUAGUGACAAAUGUAUAUAAAUAUGUUUAGAUUUUAUUUUUUUUUAGCAAGGGAAAUUUGCUGUGGGGUGUUGUUCAUAUGUGCCUCUUCAGAUGCAUGCUCUUAUUCCACACCCUUUCCCCACCAGAGGGCAUGCUUGUAAGACUUUAUACUCAUAUCCACAUCAUUUUUCCACUUUUUAAUAUACAUUAAAAAUGCAGAAUCUUCAGUGAGACCUUUUAAGCUUAAGGGUUUGGUUUUUUUGUUUGUAUGUUUUUUUGCAUUUAUGUAAUUUAUAUGAUCUUUAUCCCUGAUAAUUUGGAGAUCGUUAGGGUUAUUUUUCCUAUAUAACAAUAAAAAAAAUAACUCAUUUAGCCACA